AUGGGGACGCUGUGUGGGGGCGUUACUCCCAUGUUGCUGCUGCGAUGGAGAGACAAGUGCUGCUGGUUGCUGGGGGUUACAGUGGGGUUGCCCGUGGAGACCUGGUGGCUUACAAAGUUCCCUUGUUCGUCAGUAGAAAUCAAGGUGACAGGAGUCAGUGAUGAAGAGCUGUCCAGCAGAAUCAUCUCACACAUCAAGACCUCCAGGAGCCUCCACAUCAUGUGUCUAAUCCCAGUCUUCUGCUGGAUCACUGCUACAGUUCUGGAGCACAUGUUGACUACAGAGCAGAGAGGAGAGCUGCCCAAGACCCUGACUGACCUGUACUCACACUUCCUGCUGGUUCAGAUAAAGAGGAAGAAGCAGAAGUACGAUGAGGGACAUGAGACGAGUCCACAGGAGCUGACGGAGGCUGACAGGGAGGUUCUUCUGAAGCUGGGGAGGCUGGCGUUUGAACAUCUGGAGAAAGGAAACAUCAUGUUCUACCAAGAAGACCUGGAGCAGUGUGGUCUUGAUGUCACAGAGGCCUCAAUGUACUCAGGAGUUUGUACAGAGAUCUUCAAAAGAGAGAGUGUGAUCUUCCAGAAAACAGUCUACUGCUUUGUUCAUCUGAGCGUUCAGGAGUUUCUGGCUGCAGUCUACAUGUUCCACUGUUACACCAGCAGGAACACAAAGGCACUGGAGGACUUCCUCGGGGAUUUCUUUCUGAGGAGAGCCAUGCAGAAAUCCCUUGAAAGUAAAAAUGGCCACCUGGACCUGUUUGUUCGCUUCCUUCAUGGCCUCUCUCUGGAGUCCAACCAGAGACUCUUAGGAGGCCUGCUGGGUCGGACAGACAACAGUCCAGAAAUCAUCCAGAGAGCCAUUAACAACCUGAAGAAGAUGAACAGUGAAGAGAUCUCUCCUGACAGAAGCAUCAACAUCUUCCACUGUCUGAUGGAGAUGAACGACCACUCAGUACAUCAGGAGAUCCAAGAGUUCCUGAAGUCAGAGAACAGAUCAGAGAAGGAACUCUCUGAGAUCCACUGCUCAGCUCUGGCCUACAUGCUGCAGAUGUCAGAGGAGGUUCUGGAUGAGUUGGACCUGAAGAAGUACAACACAUCAGAGGAGGGACGACUGAGACUGAUUCCAGCUGUGAGGAACUGCAGAAAGGCUCUACUUUCUGCAUGUGGACUCUCAGAGACUCACUGUGAAAUUGUGGCCUCAGCUCUAAAGUCUAACCCAUCCCAUCUGAGAAAGCUGGACCUGAGUAAAAACAAGCUGCAGGAUUCAGGAGUGAAGCUACUGUCUGCUGGACUGGAGAGUCCACACUGCAGACUGGAGACUCUGAGAUUUAGGGGCUGCAGCUUAUCAGAGAUCAGCUGUGCUUCUCUGGCUUCGGCUCUGAAGUCCAAACCAUCCCAUCUGAGAGAGCUGCAGCUAAGUGACAACAAGCUGCAGGAUUCGGGAGUGGCUCUGCUGUCUGCUGGACUGGAGUGUCCACAUUGUAGACUUGAGACUCUGGGAUUGUUCGGCUGCAGUUUGUCAGAGAUCAGCUGUGCUUCUCUGGCCUCAGCUCUAAAGUCCAACCCCUCCCAUCUAAGAGAGCUGCAGCUGAGUAACAACGACCUGCAAGAUUCAGGAGUGAAGCUUCUCUGUGGUUUUCUGGAGAGUCCACACUGCAGACUGGAGACUCUGAGAUUAAGUGACUGCAGUUUGUCAGAGAUCAGCUGUGCUUCUCUGGCCUCAGCUCUGAAGUCCAACCCCUCCCAUCUGAGAGAGCUGCAGCUGAGAGGAAACAAGCUGCAGGAUUCAGGAGUGAAGCUGCUGUGUGGGUUUCUGGAGAGUCCACAUUGCAGACUGGAGACUCUGAGUUUGAGUCUCUGCAGUUUGUCAGAGAUCAGCUGUGCUUCUCUGGCUUCAGCUCUGAAGUCCAACCCCUCCCAUCUGAGAAAGCUGCAGCUGAAUAGAAACGACAAGCUGCAGGAUUCAGGAGUGAAGCUGCUGUGUGGGUUUCUGGAGAGUCCACACUGUAGACUGGAGACUCUGAGAUUGUGGGACUGCAGUUUGUCAGAGAUCAGCUGUGCUUCUCUGGCCUCAGCUCUGAAGUCCAACCCCUCCCAUCUGAGAGAGCUGCAGCUGGGCUACAACAAGCUGUAUGAUUCAGGAGUGAAGCUUCUCUGUGAUUUUCUGGAGAGUCCACACUGCAGACUGGAGACUCUGAGAUUGAGUUAUUCCAGUUUGUCAGAGAUCAGCUGUGCGUCUCUGGCCUCAACUGUCUUGUCUUAUGGAUCUGUGAAGGUGUCAAGAUUUGGGUAA